GGCCUUUCUGACUUGCAACCCGAAGUCGCCUAUUACUGGAACUUCGAGCUUCAAGCUCCGAGCGUGGUUCGGUCUGCUUCUCUCUGCUCACGGUGGCCGCAUUCUCGGGCGCCCAUAUACAUAAGUAUGCUGUAUAUGUUUUAUGACGAUUACUCAAGUCCUGUGCAUGGCAAAAAUUAUUGAUCCGGAUCAGAUAGCGGAAGCCUCGAGUGAGGCUCAUUUUGAUGACACGAGGCCUACAGGCGGGCUAAGCGUGCCACUGCUCUGGGGAUUGAAAUACGAGUGUAAGGGUGCAGGUAUGGAGAGCAAUCCUUUCUUUUGAUUUCUCGGUCGGUACAUCACUACUAACAUCCUCAAACGCUCACAAAGUCUCCACAGGAAGUAUCUCUAUGUUUGAAACAAUACCAUUCGACACCAGCAUCAUCAAACCUGUGGACGGUGAUCUGUGCGAUCUACUCGGUUCAAUGUCUUUGGCCUCCGGGUACAAGAAGGAAGAGUUUAUCGACGCUACGCCAAGGCUUCAUCAACCGACGCUGGACGUUCGAGACGAAGUAAUGUCAGACGAUUCUCUGUCAGAUACAACGUCAGAAUACUCCAAUCAGUCCAAACCGCCCACGCAAUCAAGAAACGACAAAUCCACCAACGAAACCUACGGAUGCACGUACCUCAAAGUUCUCCAGGAACAAAUCGCCAUAGAGGGUUACCCAACCACGGGUGGGGAUUACCUCGAAGCCAUAUUCACCCAUCGAGAGUUGUUCACGUCGUAUCGAGGGUCCCACCAAGAUUGCGCGAGAGCUUUUAGUGAUAUUGCUUUCUCGCUCGAACGCAGGGCGUGGCGAGCAGAUAGAGAUGCGGAUUCUGAAGCAGUAGCGGCGUUUAGACACGAAGCAUGGAUGAUCGCGGCUUGGAUUGACAAGCACCACAACGAAAUCAGACAGGCGCAUGAUGUCCUCCCGUUAAGGUCCGCUCCUUCGAUCGUUUGUUUCAUGCCAUUGUAGCUCCUGUACCCACAUCGUUGUAUAAUGUCUGAUAUACGACUCUAUUUAUGGUUUUCUCGG